AUGACUGGAACUGUCUUGGCACCACCGAUCAACUUCCUCAAGUGGAUUCAAGAGAAUGGCGACAAACUUAAACCUCCCGUUAACAAUUUUUGUAUCUAUGAUGGACAUGACUUUAUAACAAUGGUUGUAGGAGGCCCGAACGCACGAAAUGAUUACCAUGUAAACGAGACGGAGGAAUGGUUUUACCAGAUCAAAGGCGACAUGUUGCUGAAAGUGAUUAGUCAGAAUCAAUUCCAGGACAUUUUCAUUCGAGAGGGAGAGAUGUUCUUGUUACCUCCUAAUACUCCUCACAAUCCAUGUCGGUUUGCUGAUACUAUUGGUCUCGUUAUGGAGCGUAAACGGCCUAAAGAUUCAAUCGAUCGUCUGCGCUGGUUCUGUCCGAACACAGAGGCUCAUGCGGAGCCUCACUUAGUCAGAGAGGUCGCGUUCCAUUGCACCGAUCUAGGCACCCAACUCAAACCUUUCAUCACCGAAUGGAUGGAAAAUGAAGAUUUAAGGAAAUGUUCCAAUUGUGGCACAACCGCUCCCCCAUCUUAAAAAAACAAAAACCCACACAUUCCAUGGAAAAUUAAAUAUAGAGACCAACCAUCCCGAGAGCAAUGGUCCAACAUCAUCACCAACAUCUCGAUCAAUUAACCAUCAUCAUCGGUGGUCAAACUUGUUGUACACCUCAUCUUUUUCAUAUAAAUUUAGGAGGGAAUGUAUGUUAGAAACAAAACAACAAGGUGUAAUAGGAAAAUCCGGUAUAGAUCCCAUAUUUAACAAAAGUCCCCCUCCUCUGAUGUGAGCAAAC